CACACAAUAGAUCUCUCCCUAGGGGACUUGGGUAUUUGUUUGUUCUUUGAAAGUAUUUUAUUCUAGCUCUAAUUUCUUUUAUGGAGUUGCACUAUUUUGUCCACUACAAUUACAAGCAUCGAACAAAAGAAGAAAUGUCCCAUGAACACCAUGAUGAGCACCGACCAUGUCUGUAUUGCCAACCGCAUACUUACAUUAGAAUGGUUCAACACUUGAUAGAGAGAUGCCUACUGCUUCACAUGAGCCAAGACCAAUGUAUUGAAGCACUUUCUACGCGUGCUAAUAUACAGCCUCUAAUCACCCUAACAGUUUGGAAAGAGUUGCUCAAAGUAAAUAGAGAUUUCUUUCGGUCAUAUUCCGAAAACUCGACUUCACCAAGGUCGACUCUCGAUAGUAGAUCUGAUCAGUGGGAGUCGAGAUUUAAAACAAGGAAAGAACGGAAGUAGCCAAGAAUGGGAGUCGUGCAUUUGAAACAGAUUUCAUAUUGAGACGCGGCGAUGGAUGUCUAGUUUUACAAGCAAAAAUAGUAUAGGUGAUACUGUAAUAGUGGUUCUCAACCUAUCUAAGCCAGAUCACAUUUGGACGGUUGUAAUUUUGGUUACCUGAAGAUAAAUCAGUAUGACAAUAAUGCACCAAAACGUACUAGGCUUGAGCAUCAGAUGGGAUCCAAUGAGUUUCAUCCCAUCUGCAACCAAUCUGCCCAAUGUGGAUUUUGGAUUUGUCAUCUACGUCUAGUCUGAUGAUGUGUGUCAUUCAAUAGAUUCAGAUCAAAUGGAUGAUGAGAUGGGCAGAUUAGACGCGAGUGAGCCUAAUGGGUUUUUAUAACUUUUAUUCUUGGGAACCCUUCCUUUUUUGUUUUUUUUAUUUAGAGGAUCAUCCCUCCGUUUGGGACAAGGAUGGUAGAGCAAGUUUAGUGUUGCGAUCCUAUAAUCCUAAAUUGCUAUCCCAUGUAUAGUUUUUUAUUUGGGAAUUUAAUUAUGUGACGCACUAGGCAA